CGCUGUUUACUUCCUGCGGCUGAGGAGGCCGUGGCCCAAAUCUUGGCUGUUCAUUUGUCGGAGAGGAUGGCCCUGGAGACGGUGCCGAAGGACCUACGGCAUCUACGGGCUUGUUUGCUGUGUUCUCUGGUCAAGACUAUAGACCAGUUUGAAUAUGACGGAUGUGACAAUUGUGAUGCAUACCUUCAGAUGAAGGGUAACCGGGAGAUGGUUUAUGACUGCACCAGUUCUUCCUUUGAUGGAAUCAUUGCGAUGAUGAGUCCAGAGGACAGCUGGGUGUCUAAGUGGCAGCGAGUCAGUAACUUUAAGCCGGGUGUGUAUGCAGUGUCAGUCACUGGUCGCCUACCCCAAGGAAUCGUGCGAGAGCUGAAAAGUCGAGGAGUGGCCUACAAAUCCAGAGACACAGCUAUAAAGACCUAGCAAGAUGCAUGGCUGCCAGCGUCUUGCCUCUGCCCCACCUCCUGCCUCUGUUUAUUUUUUGUUGUGGAACUAAGGGGGCGGAACUUCAGAUACUCCCCACCAUCCAGUUCUGAGACUCAGCAGACUGUUGAGAGCACAGCGUGUCCCUGGGCCAUUUUACCUUUGGACUACUGGUGGGGGUGGUUUGGGUUGGUGGAUUAACAGAGACUGAAUUGAAUGGGAAGUAGGAUACUGGUCUUCCUACUCAGAGCCCAGGUCUAUGCCCUUACCCAUGGGCAAGACUCUGGGUCAAAUGCCAAUAAACACGAAUCUCUAGGAAAGUUCUUAAGCCCAUGA